AUGCCACAGACGUGCGAGAUGACGCCGCUGGUGCUGGAGGGAGCCACGCGCCUGCGCCGUCGCUCGCUCGCUCUCCGGCCGAACAUCGCGCAAUUCUUACUAUUUACAGUCGUGGGCCUCACGCUCUUGUUCGCGCUGGUCGUGCACGAGACGUGGCCGGUAUCAAGUGUGACGAGCCUCAAGGGCACGAUCAAGUUUGACGAGACGUUCUGCAGCCUCCCGACGCACGAGACGGGGUACAUAAAACUGCCGAAUCGAGCGGCCGACCACUAUUUCUAUUGGUUCGUCGAGUCGCAGACGGCCCCCGCAACGGACCCACUGGUGUUGUGGCUCACAGGCGGACCUGGUUGCUCCAGUUUGACGGCUCUUCUGACGGAAAACGGGCCCUGCUACGUCCACUCGGACCGGUCGAUGAAACCCAACCCCUACGCCUGGACCAAUCACGCCAAUGUGAUUUGGCUCGACCAGCCAACAGGGGUCGGGUUCUCGUACGGCUCCGACCAGAUCACGGACGUCGAAGACGACGUAGCGGCAAACAUCUACUGGUUCAUACAGGUGUUUCUUGAGAAACACCCCGAGUUGAAAGACCGGGCGUUUUUUGUCACGGGUGAGAGCUACGGUGGACACUUUGUGCCUGCAGCGGCUCGCUACAUACUAAAAGCCAACGCGCUCCGGCACGUGCAUCCGGGCGCGAGUCAUAUCAAUGUAGCAGGUGUUGCCAUUGGCAACGGACUGACGGACCCGGCCGUGCAAUACCAGCACAGUGUGGACAUGGCCGUGAACUCGUACAAUGUGACGCUGCUGACCGAAAGAGCGAUUGAAGACAUGCGCAAAGCGCAGCCAGUGUGCCACGAGCUCAUUUUAAAGUGCCAAAAGGACCGUGAAAUGUGUGCUGAGGCCUCGGAGUUUUGCUUUGCGACGCUGGAACAGCCGUACUACCAGUCCGGACGGAACCCCUACGAUAUUCGCAAGCCGUGCGUUGCAGAGGAUGUGAUGACGUGUGUUGAUUUCGAGCACAUUGAAGAGUACUUGAACUCCCCUCACGUGCUGGCAGAGCUGGGUGUCGACGUACAAAAGUCGAAACCCUGGCGCGAGUGCGAUGCGACGGUUAAUGCUAGGUUUGCGCUUGGUGAAAUGCUGUCUUCAGCUGACGACGUAAAACUGCUUCUCGAUGCAGGCGUAAGAGUCUUGCUUUACGCUGGAGAUGCUGAUCUCAUGUGCAACUGGGUGGGCAAUCAAGCGUGGGUGAUGGCGCUCGACUGGAGCGGAAAAGCGGCCUUUAACAAUGCUGCAAACCGCCAGUUCGGCACAUCGGAGGUCCCGGACGCAGGACGUGUUCGUUCGUUUGAGAACUUGACGUUCAUUCGUGUCUUCAACUCGGGCCACAUGGUACCAAUGGACCAACCUGCCGUUUCGUAUCACAUGAUUAACAAGUUUUUCCAUCAUGAAAACUUUUAA